AUGAAGGAAGUUGAUGACAAUUUAACAACUAAAACAAAUCCAACAACAUUACCAAGUAUAUUAACUUCACAAACAAAUGAUUCAUUAGAUAAAAUUAAUCCAGAAGUUUUUAAUGGUAAGUUAACAAAAGUACUUGUGAUUUCAGCUUUUGGAUCGUUGAUUGGAGGAUCAUUUCAAUUUGGUUAUAAUAUUGGUUGUAUGAAUGCUCCAUCUCAAUUUAUAAUUAAAUGGAUAAAAAAAAAUAGUUAUUCAAUUACUGGUCAUGUUUUGGAACAAAAAAAUGCUGAAACAAUUUUUGCUAUUAUAGCUUCUAUUUAUUUUUUGGGUGGUAUGAUUGGUUCUUUAUUGACAGGUUUCAUUGCUGAUACAUUUGGAAGAAAAAAAGGUUUAAUUUUGAAUAAUAUUUUUAUUUUUAUUGGUACAUUAUUACAAUGUUCUGCUAUAUAUUUUAAAUUUUAUUAUCUUUUGUAUGCUGGAAGAUUUUGUAUUGGUAUUUCUUGUGGUUUAGCAACUGGUUUAACACCAAUGUAUUUAUGUGAAAUUGCUCCAAAAAAUAUGUUAGGAUUAUUUGGAAAUAUGAAUCAAGUUUUUAUUACAUUUUCAAUACUUUUUUCACAGAUUCUUGGUUUAUCACAAAUAUUUGGUACAUCAACAAGAUGGCAAUUUAUUUUAGUAUUUCCAAUUAUUCCUAUGUUAUUACAAUUAUUAAUAUUACCAUUUUCACCAGAAUCACCUAAACAUGAAUUAAUAGUUCAAAAUAAUAUUGAUAAUGCUAUAACAUCAUUAAGAAGACUUAGAAAUGAAGAAGAUAUAUAUGAUGAAAUUGAAUAUUUAAAAAGAGAAGAUGAAAUAACUAAAGUGAUAGAAAAAACUUCAUUAAAAAAUAUUUUUAAAAAUGAGUUACGUUGGCCAAUGCUUGUUGCAAUUGUAAUGAUGUUAUCACAAAAAUUGUCUGGUAUUGAUGCUGUACUUUUUUACUCAACAUCAAUAUUUGAAAGUGCUGGACUUAAAGGUAGUGCUCCAAUUUAUGGAACAAUUGGAAUUGGAUUUGUAUUAUUUUUACAAACAUUAAUAUCAACAUGGCUUGUUGAGCAUCCAAAAUUUGGAAGGCGACCACUCCAUUUAUUUGGAUUAAUUGGAAUGUUUUUUGCAUCUAUUGGUUUAGUUGCAUGUUUAAUAAUUCAAAAUCAAAAUGUAUCUAAUAUGGUAAAACAAAUUGGAUCUUAUGGUGCUAUUGUUACAACAAUCAUUUAUAUACUUUCAUUUGCCUCUGGUCCAGGUGGUAUUCCAUGGUUUUUUGUAUCUGAAAUUUUUAAUUCAUCAGCUCGUGGAAUUUCAACAUCAAUUGCAUGUUUUGUCAAUUGGAUGACUGGAUUUUUUGUUGGUCUUAUCUUUCCAAUAGCUAAUGGUUACCUAAAAGAAUAUACAUUUUUAAUUUUUAUUGUAUUAUUAGGAUUAUGUAUUUUAUUUGUUUUUAAAUAUGUUCCUGAAACUAAGGGAAAGAAUGUUGACGAAAUUCAGGUUGAAAUGAAAAGAAUGAGAAAAUUAUAA